AUGAAAGGGAUUUCGGGACAGAAACUUCACGAGAUUUAUUUUGCUGCCUGGGAAAAAGGUUUAAAAACUACUUAUUAUUUACGCACCUUAGGGGCUAGUCGAAUUGAAAGUUCUACCUUAGAUGCGGCCAAAUUUGGUUUUACGCAGAAAAGAAAUAAUCAAGAAUGUUUAUUGAAUAAAGCCGCCGACCAAACCAUAAUUAGUUUUCUUAAAAGAAGGUUUAAGACUACUCCGCUAAGUCUAAUUUACAAAUUAUUUCGCACUAAAAAAGUAAAAGUGGAUGGGGAAAAUAUUCGUUAUUAUCAUCAUCGCCUAAAAGUUGGAGAAAAAAUUGAAGUUAAUGAUAAAUAUCUCCAAUUGUCUAAUCAGAUUAUUUAUCCUCUUUCCCAGAACAAAAUGUAUUUUAAAAUCAUUUAUGAGGACAAAAAUAUUUUGUUGGCUCUUAAAGAACAUGGAAUAACUAUGCCUAGUUUAGAUAAUGCAGUCAGACAUUAUUUAUCAGAAAAAAAUCCAACGGAGUAUCAGCGGCAAAUUGAGAAUUAUUUUGUCUUAAUUGCCGCUCACCGACUUGAUAAGUUAACCAAAGGAUUAGUUAUUUAUCCAAAGAAUCCGGUAGCAAAAAAAGUGCUAUACCAGGCAAUUGGCGACAAAAGCAAGAUAACCAAAAAAUAUUUAGCAAUAUGUGAAAAAUCACCCAAAAAGGCAUUACCCAAUUACAUUAGCGGCUAUUUGUGGAAAAAUAACCAAGCCCAAAAAAUGGAAUUUGCUCCAAAAUCAACCAACCCCCAAGCCAAAUUUUGUGCCUUAGAGAUAAAAAAAGUUGGGGGGGAAAAUAUUUAUCAAACUUUAGAAAUCACUUUACAUACGGGGAGAAAACACCAAAUUCGCAGUAUUUUAUCCUAUUUAGGCUACCCGGUCAUUGGUGAUGAAAAGUAUGGUAGCAAAAUAAAAAUAGAAAAUAAGAUUCAUUUAUUAGCCUAUAAAAUAGAAUUCAAUAAUUUGCCUUCGCCACUUGCUUAUUUAAAUGGAAAGUCAUUAAGUAGUAAUUUUUCCCAUCCAGUUUAUAAUUGUUGUUCCCAAAUACCUAAGGGUAAAGUUUCAACUUAUAAGUAUAUUGCGGAAUUUCUUCAUAUUUCACCACGGGAAGUUGGUCAAAUUCUAAAAAAUAAUCCUUUUCUAUCCUCUGAAGUUCCUUGUCACCGAGUCAUUGCCACUAAUUUUUUUAUUGGCGGAUAUUAUGGAGAAUGA